GUUUUGCUUCAAACGGUACGACAUGGCUCCUAACGAAUAGGUGUCUCCUUGCUUGGAGCUGUUCCUGCUUCCUUCCAUUUAUGCCUGAGUACGUCUGUUUUCGUCUCUAGUUUCAUAUCUUUUGACAUCGUCCCGUAGGAACAGUUGAUGGGGUCUUACUGUAAUCUUCAAUCUGUGUUCUCGAGCUUCUGUUUCCAGGAUUCCAUGCUGUGUGAGAUUUCUGCCGUUUUUCUCACGCAGUUAUCCAGAGACUAUGUUCUUUUUGACUCUUGUUCAAAUUCCUUUCUGGGUUUUCUCUAUUUCGUUUGAUUUUUCUCAGUGAUUUUGAGUUCUUCGGUAGAGAACAGCUUCGUUGGUGAACGGCCUUGCCGCUUACUUCCUCGUGAUAGCUUGUUUAUUUUCCUUAGUUCAUGCUCAACUUUCUCAUCAGGCCAAUUCUUUUGGGUGCUUAUUACUUCAGGAUUCGAGAUAAUUAGAAACCCAUGUCGUCCUGAUUUGCAGUAAAAUCAAAAUAAACCCUAUUUGUAAACUAAACAGGAUCAUCCUUGCUAUAUUUGGGAAGAUAUAUUGGCAAUCCAAGCCAUGACUUUCAAAGAGCAUGAAAUGAUUCGCAAUAACUCAAAUACACAGUGGCCGUCGCUAGCGUUUGCGCCUUGGUUGGUGCUCUAUGGCUCACAAACUCCUCAGAGUGAAUCCUUUGGUCGAUUGAGUUCUUCAUCAGUGGAACAACAUGCUUCCGAAGAGUUCCUCCCUCCAUUCAAAAAAGCGAGUCAAGCUGUCGAAGAAAGCACCGACAGGCCAGAUACGGCUCAAUUCGCCAUCUUUACCGGAGAAAGCAAAUGCUCCAUCGACUGGCAGAAACCUCAGCUAACCAUGUCAGCUCUACCGGAAUAUGGUUCUAAUCUCCGUUGUGAAUUUGGCCAACCGAUGAUGUCCUCGAAAUAUUCGAAUGCAGAUCAGAGUUUCGGACUAUUCCCUCUUUAUGGAGCUCAAUGCCAGGGCCGCAUCAUGCUUCCACUGAAUUUGACAGCAGAAGACGGACCGAGGUACGUGAAUGCCAAGCAGUAUCAAAGGAUCCUCACCCGUCUCAAGUGCCGCGCAAAGGAGAAAUCAGAGAACUUUGGAAGAGCCCGCAAGCCAUACAUGCACAAGUCGCGCCAUCUUCAUGCUAUGCGCCGCCCCAGGGGAUGCGGAGGUCGCUUCUUAAAUACAAAAGCCCUGAAGAACGAAACAGCAGUAAGCAUGAAGAAAACUGGCAGUGAUGGAAUAUCGCCGUGCCCAAAAGGUCCUCAGAGCUCGGAAGUUCAGCAAUCUGGGAGCAGAGAUUCGAAUGCAACGAAAGUGAGAAAUACCAACAGGACCAACGUUACUGGUUUGGAGAUGGCCAGCCUGUAUUCCCCGCAUCGCUUGCUGACCAAUCACGUCCGACCAUGCGCUCACCCACAUCUGCGUGUGGAUAAUGCAGGGCACGACAUAGUUAUGCCCGGAAACUGGGCGCCAGCAGCCGAUAGCUGCUGCAACCUCAAAGUAGUUUGAGGGCAACGGAAGUGGUUCCGGGGCUAGUUGCAGUGCCAUGGCCACGUCCUAGCAGCAACCAUAAGUCGAGGCUUAGUCGCAAUUACUGUUUUUGCACUGAGUUUCUUGGUCUGGAACCAUUUGGUUGUCUUAGGCAAAUCAUCCUUGGCUCAUGUGCAUCGAGGUAGUCUUGACCAUGCUAUUUAGGAUGGCUUGAGGCGUUUGAGACCUUGAUGCCUAAUAAAAGUACAAUAUCAAAAAGCGACAAUUUUAGGUUUCCCUUGCUGGAUGUUGAUGUAAUAAGAGCAUGUCAAACGUGCGUUUCCUGUCAAAAAGACAUCAAUGCUCUGC